AUGGCGUCUUCUGCGGAUGUUCAUGUCCGGAUCUGUGGACAAGAAAUUAUAAAAUAUGACCUGGAGAUUAAGGCCCUCAUCCAGGACAUCAGAGACUGCCCUGGACCUCAGUCUACUCUCUUGGAGCUUAACUCUCAGGUCAAAGAGAAGUUCAACCAUCUCAGACUCAGAAUACAGGAUCUGGAGCAGAUGGCCAAAGAGCAGGACAGAGAGACUGAUAGACUGACCAUUCAGGCAGAGACGGAGAGCCAGCGAAAGCAAAUGCUGAGUAACCAGACAGCCUGGAGGAAAGCUAACCUGGCCUGUAAACUGUCCAUAGACAGCAUGGAGAAGGAUGAGCUGCUCCAUGGGGGAGACACCCAGAGCACCAGACAGAGGAAGGUGACUAAAGAAAGCCUCGUAGAAACCAGCAGCAACAUCACGGAGAGUCUGAUGUCUAUCAGCAGGAUGAUGGCCGAACAGGUGAAUCAGAGCGAGGACACCAUCGGCACACUGGUUAGCUCCUCCAGGACAGUGCUGGAAACCAACGAGGAGUUUAAAAACAUGACAGGGACCAUCCAUCUGGGGAGGAAGUUGAUCCUGAAGUACAACCGGCGGGAACUGACGGACAAGCUGCUGAUCUUUCUUGCUCUGGCCCUCUUCCUUGCCACCGUCCUCUACAUCCUUAAAAAACGCCUCUUCCCCUUCAUUUAGCAUUUAGUUGAUUACUUUCCCUAGACAGGAGACGUGG